AUGAGCCCCCACGGGUCACUGCGUGGUCGCAGUGCGGGCACCGGCUCCUUCCUCAGCGUCACCGGUUCGCACGAAAAGACCAGUUCCAGUGCCAGCGUGAGCCCCGAUGCGUCAGCGACCAACAAGUACCGGCUGGUCGUGCUCGGCGGUCCUCGCGUCGGCAAGUCGGCCAUCGUGCACCGCUUCCUGCACGACAGGUUCCUGCACGACUACAGCGCCACCGUCGAGGAGUUCCACCGCGGCGAGUACGACGUUGGCGGUGGCGCCACCGUCGCUCUCGACAUUCUCGACACCGGCGGGAGCUUUGAGUUCCCCGCCAUGCGUCGCCUCGCUAUCGACUCAGGUGACGCCUUCCUUCUCGUGUACGCGAUCGACGACCGCGAUUCCUUCGAGCUGGUGCGCAAGCUGCGCGACGACGUGCUGGCUGCUCGCAAGGCGCCCCCUAUCGUCGUGGUGGGCAACAAGAUUGACCUCGAAUCGCAUCGCCAGGUCCAGUCACAGAUGGUCGAGCCGAUCGUCUGCAUAGACUGGGAGCACGGCUGGGUCGAGUGCUCAGCAAAGGACAACACAAACAUCGCCAGGGUCUUCCAGGAGCUGCUGGCGCAGGCGCACUUCAAGAGCAAGGUUGCCAAGGCGACGCAGAGCCGACGCAUGUCCCUUCCCGUGAACAGCUUCAGCCGGGACCAGCUGAGCCCGGUGUUCAGGCCAAAGGGCGCACGGAAGAGGACAAGCUGUGCGGUCUCCUAA